AUGCUCAGCCCGAGUCCGGCCCACUGGCAGUGGGCCGUGCUCGUGCUUCUAGCGAGCAUGCCUGAGGUGCGGCGGCUGGCGCCCGAGGCCGAGUGGCCCGCGCCGCCUGCGCCCGAGGGCCCGAGUGUGCGCGAGAUCGUGGCGGACACGGUCAGCGAGCUCGGGGCCUGCCAGGGCGGCGGGCCGUGGCCCCCACCUGGCGGUGGGAACUCCAGCGAGCCCGAGCCACGGGAGACCGGCUCGCACGCCGUGCCAGCUGGGUGCGUGUGCGUGUGUCUGGAGCGCGAGUCGCUAGAGGGCCGGUGGUUGGGCUGGGCGCUGGGCUGUGUGUCGUUCGGGCUGCAGCUGCGCGGCUGGUGGCAGAGGCGCCGGCGCGAUGGCGCUGCUCCGGAGCUCGGGGCGCUGCCUGGCUGGAACUGGCGCGUGAUGACCCCCGGCGGCAACGAAUACGAGGAGGCGUUGGACGGCAGCCAGCCAGGGCCACAUCGGCUCUGCAUGCUCGGGCUGGAUUGCUCGCCUCCCCGUCUGGUGCGGCUCAAUUUCCACAGGUUUACGGAGUACCCCACGGACGAGCAGCUGGCGAGGAAGGGCGUCGAGCACUUCCGCGCGCAGGCGCACGCGGGCACCCCGCAGCCGCCGCCCACAGACUUCGUGGACAGCACGGGGAGCGCGGUGGCGCUGCCGGCUGGCGCGCUCAGGGACAUGGAUGCUGCCCUGGUGCCGCGAGCGCCGCCUGGAUUAUGCUGGAUCGUGCACGGCUGCGAGGGACCCGACGCAGUGGGCUUCGAUGUUGAGCCCGUCGAGGGCGUCGACGUCGGCGUGAGCGAGCAGACGAUGAUGAAGCAGUGCGAUGGCGGGCUCUUUGUGAAGUGCAUCCUGGUCAAGCGGACGGAGGCCGACUCAAGCGCGCGCCAGGUGCUCGAUCAGGCUUCAGCAUCGGCCCGGCCGCCAGCGGUGGUCGAAGUGGAGACGGGCGGCAAGGGCACGGACACACCUCGCGAGGAUGGCACUGGGCAGGCGCCCGACGAGUGUCGCACCCUGCGGGUGGACUAUGAUCCUCGUGGCGAGAGGCUUAAGGAGUGGCGACAGGUGUUUCUGGAGUGUCGGACCGAGAGCUGGAGUGAUGGGCGUGUUGAGGGGCCGGCGUCGCUGCUGCGCUGGAUGAACCAGGCGGCUCGGGACGGGGGCAAACCCAAGAUGUGGCUGGCAGACUUCUGCAGGGAUCGUCGGAUUGAGAAGAGCGACAGGGUGUAUCACGAGCUUCGUAAUCUGAUCGAGGUAGUGUACAUCGGAGGGACUUUGAACCAGCUGAAUAUGCCAGCGUUGUAG